AGUCUGGCUACUGACUGGUGGGGACAGCUUCCUCUUCAUAUUGUCCAUCAUCUGUCUGAGGGCGGGGAAUCAUGCCAGCACAAAACUUCAGAGCUUGUUUUAUAGUUUAAAUGUAUCAGAGCUGCAGCAGGAAAAGUUGCUUGUCAAGACUAUUCCUGCAAUUGAUGCAAAACUCAGUUUUUUGUACAGACGUUUGCAAACCAUCAUUUAAGGUAUUUUCCUUCCUUAUGCUCUUGGGCGUGGCUUUCAUCCCAGGAUUCUCUACCGGUGGGAGCCACUCAUAUCACUUUUCCUAUACAGCUGUGUAUGGUACCUCAGUGUCUCCAGAGUUUGUGGCACUGGGUUAUGUGGAUCAUCAACUAAUUACAAAAUACGAAAGCACAAAUCAAAGGUUUGAGCCCAGUGCCAAGUGGGUAAAAGAUGUUGUGGACAAGGAUUUCUGGGACAGAAACACAGAGAACUUGAAGGGUACACAACAGAUAUUCAAAUCAAAUUUGAAGCACUUGAUGAACCGAAUCAACCGAACUGGUAUACAUUGUUUCCAGCUGAUGUAUGGCUGUUCCCUGCAUGAUGAUGGUACUACCGGUGGUUUCAGACAGUAUGGCUUUAAUGGACAGGACUUCAUCGCAUUUGAUAAAGACACUCAAACUUGGACUGCAGCAGUUCCAUCAGCUGUGAUCACUAAGAACAAAUGGAAUGCUGGCACAGCCUACAAUAUGGAUAGGAAAGGAUAUUUGGAGCAUGAAUGCAUUGAAUGGCUUCAGAAGUUUAUCAGAAAUGGCCAGUUUAACCUGAAACAGAAAGUUGAACCAGAGGCAAAUCUAACUGUCAAAAGAGAUGGUGAUAAUACCAAGCUGAAAUGCACAGUUAGUGGAUUUUACCCUCGAGACAUUGAUGUAUAUUUUGUUAAAGAUAAAGACAAAAUUGAAACAGCAACAACCACUGGAAUUCUGCCAAACAGUGAUGGAACAUAUUAUAUUGCGAAAUGGAUAGAAAUUGAUCCACAAAAUAAAAAUCAGUACUCCUGCCAUGUUGAGCAUGAACAUUUAAAGUUGAAUCGGAAGCUUGAUUCAGAGUCCAAUGUUGCACUCAUUGCUGGGAUUAUUAUUGCUGCUGCUGUUGCCAUGAUCCUUAUUGCUGUAAUCGCAGUGGUUAUCUGGAAAAAGCAACAAAACGGUCACCAAGAAAUACUUCAGAUGGAAAAAACUAAGAUGAUUGAAAGGGAAGAAGGAACCAGUCAGGAAUACAACACAAGACCAGGCUUGCUCGUGCAUACCAAAAACCAGGAUUGCAUUGAUACUCGUUUAUGAAGGAGCUUCCAGUAAGAGAUAAGACAUUUGACAGAACUCCCCUACAGUUGUUCAAGGUAAAACUGUUUGAGUGUCAGUAACAUGAAGAAUAACAACACAAAAAGCAUAAAGCUGAAUGCUGCUUCCCAUAGGGAAUCAUUGUCGGUGAGGGUUCUAAGUGUGUGCCUGCAAUGAUUCACUUGUUUUGGGAGAUUUCUCCCUUCUUCAAGUUGGUAGAACUGUGGACUUGGUAAAAUAAGUUUGGGGGCAUGGGGAGUUGCCCCCCACAAUGGGUGGUACAGGGGGCAUAUCCCCUGCAAAAAACAAUUAAAGUUCCCAUCUGUGUUUCCGGCAUUUGUUUUCAUCCUGUCAGCUUGUCAGCAUUCAAGAAGUCGGAAUUUCAUAGUACCAUUCCACAUAAAUGAGAUUUUAAAGAAUGCCUUUAGCCCAUCUGAGGAGUUACCAUUUUUUGCUCUGAUUUCCAAUGAAUCAACACACUUUUGUUAUAACUUUUGUAUUGUUUUGCUAAUUGUUUCAGCCACAUGGGAACUAAUCUUCACUGACCCAUCACAAACUAAUAGCUGCAGUAAAACUGCUAAAUUUGGUUAUUGAAAUAAACUGUUUAAAGGGGAUCUAAAAAGCCAGAAUUGUGUUUAAUCAUUUAUAUUUACUAAACAAUAUUUCAGCUUUGCUCCAUAUCUAAAGUUAUGAAACCGCUGUGGACCAAUGACAAGAAAACCCCUGUUGUUCUUUAACAUUUUCCAAAUCAAUAAGGAUUCGCAUAUUUCAUUAAAAUAUACUGACCAUUCAAGAGGCAACCAACAUUUUAUCUGCACUGUGCUGUACUGUACUGGAUAUUGUUUUCAGAUUUAUUUGAAUUUUUUAUUGUCAUAGUUUAAUGUACCUUUGCUGGCAUAUAAAACAUAUACUAUUUGAUGGCAUUUUCUUUAAAAUAAUUAAAAAAUAAAGAGCAUAAAGCAACAAUAA